CUGAACCUGCCUUCUUACGCUUCGGUCUCGCCCUUCAGUGCCAGAGCGUUAUCUAUCUAUCGCCGUUCUGCUUCUAAGCAGCCGCAAAGAUGCCCGGCCGGACGUUGCCCACAUUCACGCUCGCCGAGGUCGAGUCGCACAACUCGAGGAAGUCCUGUUUCGUCACAGUAGGCAACAAUGUCUACGACGUGACGGACUUCGUUGACUCCCACCCCGGCGGCGCCGACCUGGUGCUCGACUACGCGGGCAAGGACAUCACCGACAUUCUCAAGGACGAGGCGUCGCAUGCGCACUCCGAGGCGGCCUACGAGGUCCUUGACGAUUCACUGGUUGGCUUCCUUGCCUCUGCGAACGGAACGACAAAGUCGGCGAGCGGCAAUGGGUUGGCCAAUGGCGCGAAUGGCACCAACGUGCACCCGAGGACGGGCAUGUCCUGUGAGGAGGACCUGACCAAGGACACCGACAUCGCCUCCGACUACAAGACGCACAAGUUCCUUGACCUCAGCCGGCCGCUGUUCCCGCAAGUCUGGAAUGGCGGCUUCUCCAAGGAGUUCUACCUGGACCAGGUCCACAGGCCACGCCACUACAGGGGCGGGGCGUCGGCUCCUCUCUUUGGCAACUUCCUCGAGCCUCUCACCAAGACGCCGUGGUGGGUUAUCCCGCUGGUCUGGGUCCCCCCUGUCUGCUACGGUCUCUACCUCGCCAGCAAGGGGUUCAGCAAUCCGGCUGGAGAGGUCGCCUGCUUUGUGGCUGGCUUGUGUCUGUGGACCUUGAUUGAGUACAUCAUGCAUCGGUUCUUGUUCCACCUUGAUUACUACCUUCCCGAUAACCGCGUGGGCAUCACCUUACAUUUCACUCUACACGGCAUCCACCAUUACCUCCCCAUGGACAAGUACCGUCUUGUCAUGCCGCCCACACUGUUCCUUGCGCUGGCGACGCCUUUCUGGAAGCUGGCCCACACCAUCUUCUUCUGGAACUGGCACAUUGCAACGGCUGUCUAUUGCGGCGGUGUCUUCGGCUACAUCUGCUACGACCUGACGCACUACUUCCUGCACCACCAGAACCUGCCAUUGUGGUGGAAGCAGCUGAAGAAGCUCCACCUCGAGCACCACUUCCUCGACUACGAGAACGGCUUUGGUGUCACCAGCCCCUUCUGGGAUUACGUGUUCGGCACCGAACUCGGGCCGGCGACGAAGAAGAAGAUCUAGGCGACUGCAUGACGAGUUAAUGACUGGGUUGAGGGACAUAUAUCUUGUAAUGAGGCCGGCGAGGCAAGGUACAUAGCAGGCAUCUGCCGGCUGCCCUUCAUAAU